ACAAUCGGACAGAGUAUAAAAUGGAUGUGCAAAGUUGAAUCCCAUUGAGCAGAAGCGGCAGAAGUUGCAGCCGACGUGACAAAUAUCUAUAUAUAUAAUAUAGAUAUAUAUAGAGAGAGAGAGAGUGUGUGUGUGUCGGUGAGUGUAAUUGAUCAGUGAGUGAGAGAGAGAGAGAGAGAGACGAUGGCAUUGAAGCAGCAGCAGCAGGAGGCGGCGGAGGAGGUGGCGGAGCCGGUGAGUCCAACGGGGCAGUACUUCACGAGCUCCGCCAUCUCUGUUUCCGUCAUUGCUGUUCUCGAGUCGGAGAUUCCCAUCGACGAUUCGCACACCAUGAAACUGCUCAACGACGUCUUUCUCCCCAUCAAUCCCCGUUUCUCCUCCAUCAUGGUGAAGGACAAAAACGGAAUCAAGCGGUGGAAGAAGGUCGACGUGAAGCUCCAGGACCACGUCAACAUCCCGAUUUUCUCACCUCAACCUCAAGGAGGAAGAAGAAGAACGAACAACUCAUCCACAGAAUUCUACGAGGCCUGCUUCGCCGAAUACCUCUCCAAAUUGGCAAUGGAGCAGCUCCCCCAGAGCAGGCCACUGUGGGAAAUCCACAUCGUCAAGUACCCCACCACCACCGCCGCCGGAAGCCUCGUCUUCAAGCUCCACCAUGCUCUUGGCGAUGGCUACUCUCUCAUGGGAGCUCUUCUCUCUUGCCUCCAGAGAGCCGACAACCCCGAGAUUCCCCUCACCUUCCCAAUCCCCAAUUCGGACAGGGAAAGGGAAAGGGAAGUAGCUGAAUGUCAUGACAACAGCAACAAUCAUCACCAUAAUCAUAAUAAUGUUAUUUGCAGAAAUCUUCCCAAGGCUGUUUCUGGUGUGUUCAACACCAUUAAAGAUUUUGGAUGGAGCUUGUUGAAGAGUACUUUGCUCGAAGAUGACAGGUCUCCGAUAAGGUCCGGCGACGACGGCGUCGAGUUCCGCCCCAUCUCCAUCUUCACCGUCACUUUCUCCAUCGAUCAAAUUAAGCAAAUCAAAGCCAAUGUUGCUGCGACGAUCAAUGACGUUAUAUGCGGAGUAGUGUUCCUGGGAAUAAGGCUGUACAUGAGAGGCAUGAACCAGAGUCAGAACCUGUGGGGGGCGAAAUCGACGGCGCUGGUUCUGCUGAACACGAGGAACAUCGCCGGCUACAAGUCGGUGUCGGAGAUGGUGAAGCCCGGCGCGGAGUCGCCGUGGGGGAACCAGUUCGCGUUCCUGCACGUCCCCGUUCCCGACGUGGACCCCAUCGCCCCUCUCACCUUCGUCCUCAAAGCUCAGGACAUGAUCAAGCGGAAACGGAACUCCACAGCUGUCAUUCUCACCGGGAAGUUGCUCGACGCUUUGAGCAAACUAAGAGGACCUGAGACGACGGCUCAAUACAUUCACAGCACGUUGAAGAACACGAGCAUGACAGUAUCGAACAUGCUGGGGCCCCUGGAGAGGAUGGCCUUAUCGAAUCACCCAAUCAAGGGUUUGUACUUCAUGGUGGCGGGGGUUCCUCAGAACCUUACGAUAACGAUGGUGAGCUACAUGGGAGAUUUAAGGUUGGCUGUGGGAGCAGAGAAGGAGCUGAUCGAUGCACCAAAUUUCAAGGCCUGUUUGCAGAAUGCCUUCAAUAUGAUCUACAAAGCUGCAGUAACAGAUAAGAUUUGAUGCCCUUUACCAUUAUAAAAUACUAUGCAUUAUGCCAAAUCUUCCACUUCUAUUCAUUUUUAAGUUUAUUAUUAUUAUUUUUUAAAAUACAGGAUAGUCAUAUAUAUAUAUAUAUAUUUGUAUAUUUGGCUGUUUUGAUUC